AUGUUAGUUAGCCUGUUACUUUUUAGUCUACUGUUGCGUUUCCGUCCCACAUAUUCUCAAACAACAAUCAAAUGGUGUUCAACGUCACCAGAAGAACAACUCAAAUGUAAUCGUCUUAGUUCAGUCAUUCAAAAUAUCCCCACAUUUCUAAGCAAAUACAACUUAACUUGUAUUCAAGGCUUAGAUGAAUUUAACUGUAUGAAAUUGGUCAGUGAAAGAUCAGCUGAUUUAGUGAAUCUUGAUGUUGGUCUUGCAUAUUAUGGCAGUUCAUUGUAUAGUCUACGUCCAAUAGCUGUAGAAAAUUAUGCAUUGAGUAAUGCAGCCAACGCAAGAAAUUUAUCCUAUUAUGCUGUCAUGAUUAAACCAAUUGGCGUUAGUGUAGAUCCUACAAAUCUAAGAGGUAAAGAGAUCUGUUCAGCUGGUGCUGGUACUGCUGAAGGCUGGGUAAUGCCUGUUGGUAAACUGAUUUCUGACUUAAAAACAAUCCCAGUGAUACAGUGUAACAGUGUGGUACAAAAUUUAAUUCGUUAUCUUGGUGAUUCAUGUGUACCAAAUUCGCUAUCAGAGAUUUUUAAUCCAUUUGGAGAUAAUACACAAGAAGUUUGUCGUUUAUGUUAUAAUUCAGGAUUAUCAGAAUGGUGUGCUUCGCUGGAUAGAUAUGCUGGAAAUCAAGGUGCAUUAAGAUGUUUAAGAGAGUAUACAGAGAAUUAUGAAUCAAAGUAUAAACCAGUUGUUGCAUUUGUACGUGAUCAAGAAAUUGACUUAGCCUCUCGUGAUGGUUUUCCAAUACAGAAUUAUGAAUUAUUAUGUCCAUCAAAAAUGCCUGAUGGAAGUUGGACAGCCAAUAUCUCUUCGUCAUCUACAUGUAAUUGGGGCAGAAUUCCCUCACGUAUCCUUAUGACAAGUUUAAUUCAAUCUGAUGUAAAUAAGUAUACAGAAUUUCUUAAUAUGUUAGUUCAAAAUUUUGGUCCUGGCGGGAGUAGUGUUUCAAUAUUCAAUUUAUUUUCAUCAGCUGGUUAUUCAAUGCCUAAUGGAAUAAACGUUACACAUCAUUUAAUGUUUUCAGAUUUUACAAAAAAUAUUUAUAUACCACCUUUAAGUGAAACAGAGACAUAUUACAGAUGGAUAGAUCCAUCGUUUAGAAAUGCUUUACAAAAAUUAGAAUUAUGCCCAUUACCAACACUUGGUUGGUGUGUAAUCGAUGAAUUUGAAAUGGCUAAAUGUCAACGUAUGUCCAGCGCAUUCUCUGCAAAACGUAUCCAGCCUGAUAUGUAUUGUCUACAAGCGAAUUCAACGAUUGAUUGUAUGCGGCUAAUUAAAGAUGGUUAUGCUGAUAUGGUUACAUUAGAAGCUGGUGAUUUGUAUAUAGCUGGGAAGCAUUUUGACUUAGUGCCAAUUAUUGCAGAAAAUUAUGGUAGUGGACCAUUUUAUUAUGCUGUGGCUAUCGUUGAAAAAGUAAAUCCUGGUUUAUUAAUUUCAAAUUGGCGCCAUCGUCGUACAUGUCAUAGUGGUGUUGGUAAAGCAGCUGGUUGGAUUAUUCCAUUAAAUACUGUACUGGAUACAAGACAAGUGAUUGUAGUGGAUGGACAUUUAGUCCAUGCAUUCGGUGAAUUAAUCAGUCGAGCAUGUGUACCAGGAAUACUGAAUAAAGCUUAUGAUUUGAUUGGGACAAAUUCUUUAAAUCUAUGUGAACUGUGUACAGGUGGAAAUGCUGAUCGAUGUCGUCGUGAUAAUUUGGAAUUAUAUUAUGGAGAUGCUGGAGCAUUUCGAUGUUUAACAGAAGGUGGAGAUAUUGCAUUUGCACGUCACACCACAGUUCAUACCAAUACAGGUGGAAGAAAUCCAAACUAUUGGGCUCGUGAUUUACGUGAAGAUAAUUAUGAAUUAUUAUGUCCAGAUGGACGACGUGCUGAAGUUCAUGAAUGGGAAACAUGCAAUCUGGGUAAAAUCUCUAGUAAUGUUGUUGUCACAGCAAAUUACAAAUCUGAAAAUGAACGAACAAAUAUGUGGCGUCUAUUACAGUAUGGUCAAGAAUAUUAUUCCGCUGAUGGUGAUCCAAUCUUUCAAAUGUUUCAAUCAGAAUUUGGUCAAAAAGAUUUAAUCUUCUCUGAUGAUACAGAGAGUUUAAGUUUAAUUCCAUGGGAGAAUCAAACUUAUGAAGCAUGGCUUGGUGAAAGAUUUAUACAAAUGGUUGAAAACCUGGAAGUUAUCUCAAAUCGUCAUGAAAAUGGUCUGUACAAUAGCGUCAAUCGAUUACAACUGAUGACUGUAUACAGUUAUGUAGCUGUGAUUUUGUUUAUAUUGAGUAUUAUUAAUUAUCAUUUUUUUAAAAAUAUUUUUGAAUAA